GGUGAGGGAAAACAAUCUUUUCCUCAACUGCACCAUUGUUUUUCUUUGCUCUACAAUGUAGUGACACCAUAUCAUGUUGGUCGAUGAGCUUGCGCCUAUAUAUGUUCUCAGGUUUAAGUGCAGCAAUAAGGGCUACGCAUUUGUGAACUUCACCACAGAUGUUGCCGCAUUUAGGAUCUGCAAAUACUUGCACAACACCACAUGGGCGGCUUACGGGACCAAGAAAAUAUGUGAAAUCACAGGCGCCAGAAUCCAGGGAAAAGAAGCGCUAGUUGGACAUUUUCGGAAUUCGAAUUUCGAGUGUAGCACAGAUGAUUACCUCCCGGUUGUUUUAUCUCCUCCUCGAGAUGGUAUGACCGCCAUAACCACACCACGGAUUGUCGGUAGACGCGUUGUUUCCAACAAAUCCAUGAGGAAACAUUGAAGAACGAAACGAUGGCUUAUCAUCGUUUUGUACACUCUCGCUCUCUCUCUCCAUUAAGUGGACGUUGGACACUGUACAGGAUGUCUAGGGGUUGGGUUGUAGUUGUAGUUGUAGUUCUUGGGUUGGGUAUAGUUUGCAUAAGUGUAGUAGUUGAAAACUUGGAACGAAUGUAACCAGUGUUUUCAUUCUCUCCCUAGGGUUUAGUGUGGUCAAUCACAGUCUGGGGUGAAUUGGAAACACGGGCGGGGAUAUUUGCCUGGGCUGGAGUAUUAGUUUUUGUUGGUAGCAAGAGAUAAAGCUGAGGAGUGGGUGCCACAAUCCCAGAGACUGGACUUAGGCGUGGGUUCGUGUGCCUUGUGUUGUACGUAUUUUCCUGCUUCCAGGCUAUGUGAUUUUACGUGUAUCAUGUUUGUUAUGAAAUGCCUUUGAGUAGCUUCUU